CAGUGCGCCUGCGCGCGGAGUGCCCCUGCCCACUCGAGUCCUACGCCUGCGCAGUGCGGCGGUGUUUUCCUCCCUGGUGCCUGUCUGUCAGUCAGUCAGUGAGAGCGAGCGAAGGGAGGAAGGAAGGCACGAAGCGGAGCCGCCGUCGCCAGCUGGAUGGGGCCACAUCACUGAGGGGAGCAGCCGCGCCGCCCCCGCGAUGGCCGACCCGGCCCCCGCCCGCAGCCUCGACGACAUUGACCUCUCCGCGCUCAGGGACCCUGCUGGCAUAUUUGAACUGGUGGAGGUGGUCGGCAAUGGGACGUACGGACAGGUGUACAAGGGCCGCCAUGUCAAGACGGGGCAGUUGGCUGCCAUCAAAGUUAUGGAUGUCACGGAGGACGAAGAGGAAGAGAUCAAGCAGGAAAUCAACAUGCUGAAGAAGUACUCUCACCACCGCAACAUCGCCACUUACUACGGGGCAUUCAUUAAGAAAAGCCCCCCUGGGAACGACGACCAGCUCUGGCUGGUGAUGGAGUUCUGCGGCGCAGGUUCAGUGACAGACCUGGUGAAGAACACCAAAGGAAAUGCUCUCAAGGAGGACUGCAUUGCCUACAUCUGCCGGGAGAUCCUCAGGGGACUGGCCCAUCUGCAUGCACACAAAGUGAUCCACCGAGACAUCAAAGGCCAGAAUGUCCUCCUCACUGAGAAUGCGGAGGUGAAGCUGGUUGAUUUUGGGGUCAGUGCCCAGCUGGACCGCACGGUGGGGCGCCGGAACACAUUCAUCGGCACCCCUUACUGGAUGGCGCCGGAGGUGAUCGCCUGUGAUGAGAACCCCGAUGCCACGUAUGACUACAGGAGCGACAUCUGGUCCCUGGGGAUCACUGCCAUUGAGAUGGCCGAGGGAGCACCGCCCCUGUGUGACAUGCAUCCCAUGCGGGCUCUCUUCCUCAUCCCUCGCAACCCACCGCCCAAGCUGAAAUCCAAGAAAUGGUCCAAGAAGUUCAUUGACUUCAUAGACAACUGCCUCAUCAAGGCCUACACCAGCCGCCCCCCCACGGAGCAGCUCCUCAAGUUCCCCUUUGUCCGGGAUCAACCCACGGAGCGGCAGGUCCGCAUCCAGCUCAAAGACCACAUUGACCGCACCCGCAAGAAGAGGGGAGAGAAAGAUGAGACGGAAUACGAAUACAGCGGCAGUGAGGAAGAGGACGACGGGCACGGCGAGGAAGGGGAGCCCAGCUCCAUCAUGAAUGUCCCGGGCGAGUCGACACUGCGGAGGGAGUUCCUUCGCCUGCAGCAGGAGAACAAGACCAACUCGGAGGCUCUGAAGCAGCAGCAGCAGCUCCUGGCAGCCCAGCACCGCGACUCGGAGGCCCACAUCAAGCACCUCUUGCACCAGCGCCAGCGGCGCAUCGAGGAGCAGAAGGAGGAGAGGCGGCGUGUGGAAGAGCAACAGCGCCGAGAGCGAGAGCAGCGGAAGAGGCAGGAGAAGGAGCAGCAGAGGCGCCUCGAGGACAUGCAGGUCAUGCGCCGAGAGGAGGAGCGGCGGCAGGCUGAGCGAGAGCAGGAAUAUAUCAGGCACAAGUUAGAGGAGGAGCAGAGGCAGCUGGAGAUUCUGCAGCAGCAACUCCUCCAGGAGCAAGCCCUGCUGUUGGAGUACAAGCGGAAGCAGCUGGAGGAACAGCGCCAGUCUGAGCGGCUCCAACGGCAGCUCCAGCAGGAACACGCCUACCUGAAGUCUCUCCAGCAGCACCAACAGCAGCAGCUUCACAAGCAGCAGCAGGAGAAGAAGCCCCUCUACCACUACAACCGCAACGCCAACCCUGCGGACAAGCCCACCUGGGCACGAGAGGUAGAAGAGCGGACGCGCAUGAACAAGCAGAACUCUCCCUCGCCAGUGGCCAAGACCAAGCUGGGGGGCAGCACAGGACCAGAAGCAGCACCCCAGUCCCGCUCCGAGUCCGUGGCGCUCAGCUCGUCCCCCGCCUCGCAGACCCCACCUAUGCAGCGCCCCGUAGAGCCCCAGGAGGGGCAGCACAAGAGCCACCUUGCCCAUCGUGUCCCGCUCAAACCAUACGCUGGCCCCGUCCCUCGCUCCCAGUCGCUCCAGGACCAGCCCAGCAGGAACAUGGCCGCUUUCCCCGUCCAUGACUCUUCCGCCUCUUCCUCCUCUGCCCCAUCCCCGCCUCGAGCGGGCAUGAUCCGGCAGAACUCCGACCCCACCUCAGAGGGGCCCGCCCCGCAGCCGUCCCGGCCCACCACCGAGCAGCGAGGACCCUGGGUCAGAAUGGAUCCAGAGGCCCCCCCGAAGGUUCCUCAACGGACGUCCUCCAUAGCGACAGCGCUCAACACCAGCGGGGCAGUGAGUGGUGGCAGCGGUGGUGGCAUCAGGCCAGUUCACGCCGUCCGAGCCAGACCCCGUAGCAAGUCUGCGUGGCAUAUCCACAUGCACAGCCGGCUGGAGAGGGGCCCCAAGUGGGGGGAUCCUUCGCCAGCCCCUCCUCCUCCUACCCCCUCCCAGCCUGCAGGCCGGACCCCAUCCCGGGACCCGCUGGCUUCUGUGCCAAACGCCAGUAGCAACCCCGAUCUUCGGAGGAGCGAUCCGGGCUGGGAGCGUGCAGACAGUUUGCUGCAAGCUGGAGGAGCCAACCUGCCCCAGGCCGGUUCUCUGGAGCGUAACCGUGGAGGAGCACCCCUCAAACUGGACAGCUCCCCAAUCCUGCCACAAGGAGACAAGCCAAGGGGAGAGGACCAUCGAUCCCGGCCUGGCCGGCCAGCAAGCUAUAAGCGGGCAAUUGGCGAGAACUUUGUGCUGCUGAAGGAGCGUCCAGAGGAAGCGGCCCCCAAGCCCCUCAAGAAGGCCAUGGACUACUCCUCCUCCAGUGAGGAGAUGGACUCCAGUGAGGAGGAAGAGGAGGAGGAGGAAGAAGCAGAGGGAGAGCCCUCCGAGCCUGCCUCUGACACCCCAGGGGCCAGGGAUGGCGACACGGACUCCGUGAGCACCAUGGUGGUGCACGACGUGGAGGACCUGACAGGUGGUGGCAGCGGCGGCUCUGAGAGUUCGUACGGCGAGGGCACCAUGCUGGUGCAGCGGACCCCCGAGGAGGAGCGGGGCUUCCUGCACAGCGACAGCAACGGCUACACUAACCUGCCAGACGUGGUUCAGCCCAGCCACUCUCCCACGGAGGCCAAGAGCAGCAAUGGCUCUUCCUCGCCUGCCAAGGACACGGCCACGGAUUACCAGUCACGGGGGCUGGUCAAGGCCCCUGGGAAAAGCUCCUUCGCCAUGUUUGUGGACUUGGGCAUCUGCCAGACCUCGCCUGGAGGUGGAGACAUCAUUCCCAUAGCAGCAUUUGACCCGGGGCGGUUGGAGCAGCUGCAGCUAGAAGCCAGGAAAGGCUCUGUGGUCAAUGUGAACCCCACGAAUACGCGGCCCCACAGCGACACGCCUGAGAUCCGCAAGUACAAGAAGCGCUUCAACUCGGAGAUCCUCUGUGCCGCCCUCUGGGGGGUCAACUUGCUGGUGGGCACUGAGAAUGGACUGAUGCUCUUGGACCGAAGCGGGCAAGGCAAGGUCUACCCCCUCAUCACCCGACGUCGCUUCCAGCAGAUGGAUGUCUUAGAAGGGCUGAACCUCCUGACCACCAUCUCAGGGAAGAGGAAUAAGCUUCGUGUCUACUACCUCUCCUGGCUGCGGAACAAGAUCUUGCACAACGACCCUGAAGUGGAGAAGAAGCAAGGCUGGACCACUGUGGGGGACAUGGAAGGCUGCGUUCACUACCGUGUGGUGAAGUACGAGCGGAUCAAGUUCCUGGUCAUUGCACUCAAGAACUCAGUGGAGGUUUAUGCCUGGGCACCAAAGCCCUACCACAAAUUCAUGGCCUUCAAGUCUUUUGCUGACUUACCUCACCGGCCGCUGUUGGUGGAGCUAACGGUGGAGGAGGGCCAGCGACUGAAGGUGAUCUACGGGUCCUGUGCUGGUUUCCACGCCAUCGAUGUGGACUCAGGAAACAACUAUGACAUCUAUAUACCAGUACAUAUCCAGUCGCAGGUCACCCCUCAUGCCAUCAUCUUCCUGCCCAACACGGAAGGGAUGGAGAUGCUCCUUUGCUACGAGGAUGAAGGCGUUUACGUCAACACCUAUGGGCGCAUCAUCAAGGAUGUCGUGCUGCAGUGGGGAGAGAUGCCCACCUCUGUCGCUUAUAUUUGCUCCAAUCAAAUCAUGGGGUGGGGCGAGAAAGCCAUUGAGAUCCGCUCGGUGGAGACGGGGCACCUGGACGGUGUCUUCAUGCACAAGCGGGCCCAGCGCCUGAAGUUCCUGUGUGAGCGAAAUGACAAGGUCUUCUUUGCCUCCGUGCGCUCAGGGGGCAGCAGCCAGGUCUACUUCAUGACGCUGAACAGAAACUGCAUCAUGAACUGGUGAGGGAGGGGCUCAUCCGACCCUCCCCGCGGGAGGCAGCGGGAGCGUGCCCGACGGCCCCGUCCGGGAGCUGACCAGCCAGUGAAGCCGUGGCGGUUCAUCCUCAGCCCCGCCCUCCCCUCUGCUGCCAUUUGGGGGGAGGCAAGGCCUCUGCUCCCUGUCUACUCUUCUGUCUCUGAUGGGGAAGAGGCCGGCUGGCCUAGGAAGGUCUCUCUGAGUAGCCAUCCAUGGCCACUUCCAGGUCCCAGAAGAAACAUCUCUAGUGGUCCCACUUCAGGGUGCUUCGGGGGGGGGGCAUGGAGAGGCGUGCAUAAGUUAAGCUGCAGCACCACCCCAGAAUGGGAUUUCAGUGUUCAGAGGAGGAGGAAGAGGAGGCUCGUAUAUGAUGAUCAAAGCCAAAUCCUGUAAAUAAAAAACAGCGCCUGAGACUCCCGUCCGUGCGCACGGAUGCACCCCCCACUUUCCUAUCAGAGGAGGAGGAAAUACUCCCCUCCCAGCAACAUUUGGGGGGAUAGGCUGGGUUGCAGUCGCUGGGAGCCCCUUUGGGGUGGGGAGGAGGAAGUGGGCCCAAAUUCACACACCUGCUUUCCGCCGCCGCUGCUCUUGCACAUCCCAUGCAGACCCUCUUCUCUCUCUCCCCAUACACCCUGCGAGAUACACAAACUGUGAUCUGCCCCCUGUAUUCGCCUGGGGUGCAGCCCCAAACACACCUGCCCCCCCACAGUUGGCUCUGUGAAGCGCCCCCUGCCCCUCACUCUCGCACACGCACAUUCUCUCACACCCGUGCUGAAGUUAAAAUGACUGAGAAUGAGGUUGCCUUCCCUCCUCCUCCUCCUCCUCCUCUCCUGGGUCUCCAUAGGGUUUUUUUUUCCUGGUGGUGGGGGAACCAAUAUUGCUGUCGCCUUCUCCCCAGCACCCCCCUAAACCAGUCAUGGGAUAUAUGUGGAUCUAUCUCUCUCCCACCCCCACCAUCGGGGAGCUGUGAAUAUUUUGCUUCAAUUAUUCUUUUUGUAAUGGCAGUUCAGUAAUUAACAAAGCACUUUAACGGCCCAGCUAAUCAGGGUGGUUAGUGGAUUGGGGGGGCAGGAAGCAGAGGGCUUAGCAGUGACCCCCACCCCUGCAAGGCCCCUACUUGGCACCAGCUUUGGCUGUCACAGAGGCUUUGCCCUUCAGCUAAGGCCCUGCUGCCCCCCAGUCUCUCUCUUUCUCUGGAUUCCUUGCUGGGUUUGGGGUUGCACACGUUGGGCUUAAACUGACGACUAGCUGGUGGAGAGGUGGGGGCCACAAGGUCAGAACCCAUACGCAUCCCCCCCCAGGCAACUUUGGUUUCUUGUGUAUUUUGCUUGCGUUUGUAUAUAUAACCCUCUCCCUGACCCACACGUGGAAGGAGCUGCCCCACCUUCCGGAAAUCAGCGGUGGCCUUGGGACGGUGACAACCUCUGUUUAAUAAAAGAACCAAAACCUGUGA